AUGGCUGGCCUGCAGCCACGCCAUCACAAGGAUAGCGUCGUGUCGACGCCAUGGACCACCUCACAGCAAUCCCGUGGGCUUGCUGCCCCUGCCAAGACAACCAGGCUUCAAACUGGGUUAGAAGAUGACUGGUCAUUAUCUUCUCCUCCUCCCAUCCGAGUAAUCAUAGGAGCAGACUCGUCGUUUGCUCCUCUACGAGCACUGCCUUUGAGGCCGACCGAGCUCCAACUUCCGCCAAUCCGUCCAAUCUUUUACCUUUUCGGGUUGGGCACGGGUUCGACCUGCACAAGCUGGAGCUCAGGUACCCUCCGAUCAAACCUCAUGGCAGAGGCUGGGAUGCGCAUUGCGACGUUUGGGGAUGUGUUGCUUCAUUGUGUGGUGGAUGCGAUAUUCGGGGCUUUGGGGCUUCUGGAUAUUAGGCAUAUAUUUCCUGAUUCAGAGCCGAAGUGGAGGGAUGCAGCUUCCUCGGGUGGAGAAAUUUUUCAUUGUGACAGAACCUAAGUGGUACACUACGUGUUUUUAUGUAAGUGGUGAGAAUUUUUAUAUUUUAAGUUAUUAACUUUUUAACACACAUAUUCCACAAUUUAUAUAGUAACAUAUGGUGUAUUACCCCG